CAGAAAAGCAAGUCGUUAGGGCUAACGAUUCAGAACACUCUAGAGGAGAGGAAAUAAGUAUUCGAUACCUUUCACUGAAGCAAACAUAAAUACAACUAUCGUCUGAUUUCGUAACCUCUGCCUGCCUUGUUUGGGUUUGAACAUUUUCUCGCCAGCCAUCUGGCUACUGGCCUUAUGAAAGAAGUGUUUACUAAAUUCCCUUUUUGUUUUUACAAGUUCAGUGAAUAACUUAAUUAGUCUAUUGUUUUUUUUUUUUUUUUUUUUGAGCUGACGUUUACUCAGCGUUUUGUUUUUGUUUACUUUUCGCCUCCUCAGUGUAUCUUGUGUAAACAAUACAAGGGUCGAAAGCUACUUGAUUUGCUUGUUGUUUAAAUAUAUAUAUAUUUAUUUAUAAAAGCAAUAGUAAUACAUAUAUUUCUUAAGUAUUCGUUUGCUUAUAUCGUCUGACUUGACAAUGCAAUGAAUGAACGAGAAGGUGACUUUGCUUGGCUCAACCAAAAAUCUGUUGAGCAUUUACGCGAUUUAACUCGUCGUCUAUUCAUUGGUCCGAUCCCGACAAAUUUUCUAAGUGGAUCUACUGGCUUUUGGAAAAAACGAUUUCAAAACUACUCUCGACACCAGGCUUCUUAUGACAUUUCCGUUGAACCUCCCAUAAAUCAUGAACUCUUCCAACGGUUGCAUACUCAUGUUAACAGAUCAGUCGAUGAAGUCUCUAUGAGCAGGAUCCACUCCUAUGCCUCUACUACUCGACCAUCAAUGGACCAGGCUAGGCCUCCAUUAACUAGUCAUCGUCCAAACCAUCGUACUCGCUCUUCACAUGUAUCCAAACGAGACUCCUUUGCCAACUCCAUGCAUUCUAACAACCGUGAUUCUACUCUCAUACCCUACUCUUCUGACUCUGCUCGAGUUCGUUCUUCUUUCGAUGUACAGCGUCCCUUCACCGCUGUAAGUAACCAAACGUUUCAGUCUCGUCGGUCGUCUGACCAACGAUCUCUAACUUCACGUCGUCUUCGAUUUUCUUUAAAGCAAAGUAGUCCUCGUGUCCUAGGUACGAAUGAACAUGCAAAACUAAGCGCUCCAUCUUCGGACAUUGUUUUUCGGACUGAAGAAGUCCUUUUGCGAGUUGAAACUUCUUCCAACUUAAUCCCUACUGAAUUCAACGAAAUGAUUGCUUCUCGGAUUCCAAGAAAAACCAUACUUUCCUGGGCCCCUUGUACAGUUAUCGCCGUAAAAACUUCUGAGAAAGGGACUGUUCGGUUAGAUUUUAUUGGUGAAGAAUAUAUGAAAACAGUAGUUGACUAUAUUUCAGAAAAUGAACCUAAUCAUAAACAUUAUCGAAAAAACUGUCUAUUUUCUUUGUUCUUGACUCCCUCUUAUACCUUUUGGAACAUAUAUAAUUCGUUCGAUAACUCGCUGGCAAUUUGGUCCCCCUACAUAAAACACAAAACUUUCAUUUUCCUUUUAAAUUUUCAGUGUACUACUUCUGCGUAUGAAUGGAUUGCUAUCGUCAGCCGUGCAUUGGACUUCACUCCCGGACCUUCUUUUCUGAUAGGUGUCCCAGCAUUUCAUAUUCAUUUGCGUCUCAGUUUUACUUGUCCCAACUCUCCUUCCGUCGUAAAUUAUCAUGCUAACUCACGGCAAAGGAAUGAAACAGCUUUGCAUAUAAAAAAUGCUGAUUCAACGGAUAAGGUUUCUCCACAAACGAUUCAUGAUACAGUUUUGAAAAAUUGGGAGAUUUCGGAGACCGAUUUUGUUAAUUCUUGCUUAAAUGUUUUAAAGUUAAACCCUGAAUGGUCUCAAAUCGUAAACCAAUGGUUCAAAACGCAAAGCGUAGGCUUGUGCUGGAGAACGUAUGACCGUAUUGAGUGGAUUACAAACGUAGAGAGCCUUAAGUAUGUAGGAUUACUAGCUGCUAAAGAUAUCAGCCAGCUUGAGUUACGACCUAAAAAUCAUUACCCUUCGUUUGUCACGUUCAGAAACGGCUCAAAAAUGAAGGAGCCCGUGCCGUUCGAAGGAUAUUUGAUUCGCUUGACGACGAGCGCUGGACGAAGAGGGCGUUUUGGUAGACUGUUUCACAAAAAGCUGUACUUCACGGUUUUUAAUCACCUUUUUCUUUCCAUUGAGCCCAGUUAUGUCCUGCCUCUUACCAUUUUAAUGGAAAAUUUUAAGAAGCAAAUGGAUUUUCCAUUUCUUCACGACUCCGAAACGAAUGAACAUCAGUCCAUGUUUGACCCAUUAAAAGAUGUUAGCGAGACAACUCCCUGGUUUGACAAUGACAUAGACAGUUCUACAAAAGAGCAAUUACUUGCUUUGCUUCAAACAGAGAGAAGGCGUGAAUUGGAUAUGCUCUCAUCAGCAAAUGGGUUUUUGGAUUUGUCGAAAGUCGAGCUUGUUAAGCCGGAAGAAAGUGGAACUGACAACAACGUUUUUGAAGUACGUAUGGUGAAUGGUAUGUCUUUACUGUUUCAAAGCUAUAAUCAGAAAACAAGGGACAUAUGGAUUGAAAAGCUUGGGGAGACUGCACGUUAUUGGAAACAGCGUUUGCACCUUGAUUUACAAGAAUUCUAUUAUGUCAGGGACACUAACAUUAGCAUAUUGCAUAUUGACUCAUCUAUUGAGCCUGUUGUUGCAUCUCACAGUAAUCAUUGGGAAGUCUCAGAAUGUAUAGCAAGUACACACAUCCAUAACUAUUGCAACAUCCUAGGAUGCAGGAUAAUUCGGGCUCAAGGGGUGCUAUAUAUGCGAACAGGAAAUCUUUAUGAGAAAUGCUAUGCUAUUUUAAUUCCAGGAAGAAUCAUAUUUUUUCGGGAUGCUACUAGAACUAAAUUUGGUAAACUCCAUAGAAAGACGCAUUUUCAGAAAUUCACUUCAAUUUAUUUCAAAAACGCUUAUAUUUAUACCGGUUUAACGACAAUCACUGAGUUUGCGAGGGACCGGCGAAAAAAUGAAGGGACAAGCAAUCGAUUACCCAAAUGUCAUGAAGAUGGCUGGAAGUCUUUUGAUAAAGACGAAAUGCUGUCUUUUGUUAUUUACUCGCAAAAUGGAUUGGAUUAUUCCAUAACGAAUGCUUUUCCAGAUGUUUACAAUAUUUCAUCGAAAACCCCCAAUCAAAAAGGAAACAAGUUUAUGUUUCUUGCUAGAACUAGACAGGAACGGGAUGUAUGGGUAAAAAGGAUCUCUAGAGAAAUUGAACGAAUUCCGAUUGACCAAGCUUAAGGCUAUUUACCUAUUAUGAUUUUGUAUUUUUAUCUUUAUCCUUUAGCUGGCAACCCUUUGAAUGUAUGAGAAACAAAUAAUGGUACUUUAAUGUUAUAAAAGAAAAACUUCAUAUGCUCGUUGUAUUUAUUUUUAGAUUUGUUUUUGUGUUCAUCAGACUUUUAGUGUCAUUUUGUGGAAUAAGCAUAUGAAAAUGAAUUCCAUGCUUCCAGCAAAAUAUAUUUCCACUU